UACCCCCCCCCCCGACGAUGUCAUCGUCCAUCCCGAUGGUUGACAGCAAACAUCGUCAACGGCCAAAUUAGGGGACAUCGCCCAACCCUAAAAUAAAGUCCCUUCAAAAUCCCACAUCAAUCCAAACCAAAGGCAUUGUCAAUAAGUUACAUAAAUUGAGUGCAUUUCUGGAUGACCAAGGCUCACUUCGAGUUGGAGGACGUCUCAAGCAUGCUGCUUUACAUUCUAAUAUCAAGCAUCCAGUUAUCUUACCAAGAGACAGCCAUGUGUCAAUGUUACUCAUCAAGCAUUACCAUGAGAAAACAUACCAUCAAGGACGAGGGAUCACUAUGAACAAGCUCCGCGCAAGUGGAUAUUGGAUCCUUGGGUGCAGCAAGGUUGUAUCCUCUUAUAUCCACAGAUGUGUUAAAUGCAGAAAGUUCAGGAGAUGCACAGAACAGCAGAAAAUGGCAGACCUCCCGGAAGAUCGGAUGGAGACUACUCCACCAUUUACCUACUGUGGGAUGGACUGCUUUGGUCCUUUUUAUGUCAAGGAAGGCAGGAAGGAGCUAAAGCGCUACGGCUUGUUAAUCACCUGCAUGUGCUCAAGAGCAGUGCACAUAGAAAUGCUUGAUGAUUUAACCACCGAUGCCUUCAUCAAUGCACUGCGUGUGUUCAUCGCCAUAAGAGGCUCAGUUCGUCAGAUAAGAUGCGAUCAGGGAACAAACUUUGUCGGUGCAAGAAAUGAGUUUGCAGAGGCAUUCAAGGAAAUGGACCAAAUCAAGCUGGAAAAUCUGGAAUGCGAGUUUCUCAUGAACACCCCAGCUUCAAGUCAUAUGGGUGGUGUCUGGGAACGACAAAUCCGCACCAUAAGAAGUGUUCUGUCAUCCAUCCUUGAACAAUCAGCUAAACAACUUGACAGCUCCUCCCUAAGAACUUUCCUUUAUGAAGUCAUGGCAGUGAUAAAUAGUCGACCUCUUACCACAGAUCAACUAUGUGACCCAUCAAGCCCAGAACCUCUGACGCCAAACCACAUAUUGACCAUGAAGUCCACAAUCAUCUCUCCACCACCAGGCAAGUUUGUCAAGGAAGAUCUUUAUCUUCAGAAGAGGUGGCGUCGUGUUCAACUCCUUGCCAAUACCUUUUGGACAAGAUGGAAAAAGGAGUACUUGCUGAAUCUUCAAAGUAGACAAAAAUGGACUAAACAAUACCGAAAUGCCCAAAUCAAUGAUAUUGUACUUUUGAAAGAUGAAAUAACACCACGAAACCAGUGGAAGUUGGCAAAAAUCGUUGAUGUGUACCUUAGUAAGGAAGAAAGAGUGAGAAAGGUCAAGCUACUGAUGAGUGAUCGCUCUCUAGAUGAAACAGGAAAGCGUAUCUCCAAACCUGUUUACCUGGAAAGGCCCAUUCAGAAGACAGUUGUCCUGUUGGAAGCAAAUUAAGGAGACUGAACUCUUAAUACUCUAAAUAAAAGAGUAACAAGUCAUAUUCCAUAAUUAGUUCACAAUUCAUUGAAUAUUAAGAAUAACUAGUUCAUAAGUUUAAAAGCAAUAUUUAGUUCUAUAAAUCACAAGUGAUUGGUGGGAGUGUAACAGUCCAAAACAUUUAUGUGUUUACUCUGUUGUUCUAAAUUAUAUUUUAAUUUUCACCAUCUAGUGGUGAGAGCAUGUGGAACAAAGUUCAAUUAAAGUUCCACACGGACUCAUUUAACUACGGGCACAGCUAUCAGCGCAUUGCUGCAGCCACGUGAAGAUCUCCGAAAGUUAAAGGAAAGUUGAAGCCAAAUGAGCAAUUAGCCCCUCGUGGAUGUCAGCCCACGAGGUUUGUGUGCUUUUAUUUGUAUAAUUUAAGAUUCAUAUUUUGUAAGCUGUAGAAUUGUAUUUGAUGCAUAUUUGUGUAUUUAUUUUGCCCGCCAGUUCUCACGGGUUGUGAAGACCAAUAAACCCUGUUUUAAACACCUCGUGCUAUUCAAUAUGUCAGUCAAUUUCAAUAGGUCUGUAAAUUUUAGCCAAAAUCAAAAAACCUGCGUCGUUUUCUAGGACAUAGUAUCUGCAGAGCGGUAGAAUUUUAUGUCGUGGGCGUGACAGUUGGCACGGAGCAAUCUCGCUCCCCCUUCCCCUCCCUGCUGCUGGGAGCUCAGAACAGAGAGCUUGUGGCCUUCUGAGUGUAUUCUCUACAUCACAAAUAAGCUCCUUAUAAAAUGCCAUUUGUUUAAAUAAAAACUCAGACAUGCUGGUUAAUUCUAAAUUGUCUUUGUACAUGUCUUCCAUCGGAAACAAUGGCACAAUAAUAUGUUCAAAACACCUCUUUUGGGGGGAGUGGGUCAUUUAAAAUUAUAAUUUAAAGAGAUGAGACCACAAGUCUAUGCUGGUUAAUGCAGCUGAUGUUCCAACCAAUGGUCACGAUAGUCUUUGGUUUCUCGCCUGCAGAAGCGACGCCUGUAUGUAUUUACUGAUGGUUUUGUGUAGUUUUGGGAUGUUAUGUCAUUUGUCAGUGAUUAAAAACGUAUAAAAAAAA